GUUGUUACUAUUUUACUAUAUUGUUAUUAUAAUUCAAAUGCCUUUGCAAAACUAUUCCGAAGAAAGUAGACAACUCAUCAGUGAUUUUGACGCUCGAAUGAGAGACUUGGUUCAAGAGACAGUUGAAAAGUUAAUGCUGGCAGAAAACAUUUCUAAGGCCGAGGCUGAAGAGGCCAUUGAAUUUAAUCGUGAAGCAACGCAAGUAGUCUUUCGUAAACGUAAAAGCCCUUACAACGCUUUUACAGAAAAGUUGGCAGCAACUAGGAAAAUGGAUACUACUGCAGAUGUUCAAUCCGAAGGCUUAAUCGCUUUUCAAAAAAAUGCGUCUACGCUAUACAAAGCAUUGAACCCAGCAGAAAAGGCUGCAUUGGUAACCGAUUAUCAACCUGUUAGUAAGCUUACUUCUGAGAAAAAGCACCUGCACCAUCUGGAAGCAGUCUCAGAGAUGAAGAAAAUAAUUCACUCCUACAAUGCUCUCUGUGGUUCGGACUUCCUCGUUAUCAGUGUAUUUCCAUUAAACGAAAAAUCUGGUAAUGUUCGUUUGAUUAUGCAUAUGCUAACUGCUGGAGAGCACUGUCUAAGUCUGAAAGACACGAUGGGCAGCGAGUUGUCGGCUUUCUUGAAAAAGAGGAACCAUGAUGCGAACGAGAGAAUAUCUAAGCCAUAUAGUCAGAACGGCAAUCUCUUGAGAAAAGAGUAUAGUCAAAGAAUUUUAGAGUUGUAUCGUCAGUUUCCCCUACUACACAAGAUUGACACUCUUACUGACAUUUUACAUUAGAUACUCAUCCAAGCGCAAAAUUUGCUAAAGCAUUUCCGUUCCAGAAGUUCAAGGAUCAAACUGCUGAUCUGAAGAUGUUUGGGUGGCCCGAAGAUGUCCCAGUUAGAAGGGCCCAUGAGCAAACAUCUGGCCAAAUGCACCUCGUCCUUGAGGCAAUUAAAGAAAAUAAGAUUUCUUUUGCUGUACCAGGUGCAGAAGCAGUUGAUACAACUCCGGCUACGCUGGAAGUUUCUUCGCCUGACCUUGCCCAUUAACAAAGGUAAUUAUAUCCUUUCUUUUUCCUCGUUUAAAUAAAUUUAAAUACAUUUAAUACUUGAUUUGUUGGGAUACUUUUUAUUUUGCGUUUUACGUCUUGAAUCCCAUAAAGAAUAAACUGAAAUAAAGAAUAAACUGAAAUAAAGAAUAAACUGAAGUAAAGAAUAAACUGAAGUAAAG